AUGGACAGGCAGGUACUAGCCAAUCAACCAGACAUUGUGGAAAUAGACAAGGACCAGAAAACAGCAGUGAUGAUAGAUGUAGCAAUGCCAAGGGACAGCAAUAUCGGGAACAAGUAUGAGAAGCUGGAGAAAUACCAGGGGCUGAAGGAGGGACCAGACAGAAUGUGGAAAAUUUUUCGAAGAGCUGACAAGAAUGAUGACGGGAAGCUGUCAUUUGAAGAGUUUAAGAAUUGUUGUGCUGAUGGCAUCCUCAGCUCUGAGGAACUGUGGAAACUGUUCAGUGAUAUUGACAGGCAUCAUUCAGGCAAUUUAGAGACGGAGAAGUUGUGUGAUUAUUUCUCAGAACAUCUUGGAGAAUACAGACAUGUUUUAUCUGCUCUGGAGCAACUCAACACGGCUGUCUUAUCAGCUAUGGAUAAAACCAAAUUGUGCAUCAGUGACCACAAUGAGUGUUAUGUCAUGUUAUCAUUAACUGUCAACAAAAUACAAGAGUCUAUGCAU